AUGCGGCAGGAGCCUUUUCCAGAACCUGGAGAAUGCAGGGGCGGCUUUCCGUCUGACCAGAUCUUUCGUUUCAGCACGACAAGGUGCGGCACGACUGAACUCUGCAGCUGGGAUGAAUUCCUGGCACAACUACCUCAGUGCUGGUUUGCUGCGAGGGUCUUUGAUCCCAACGUUACUUUCUGCGGCCCAGACGCGAACACAAGCGGACUACCAGACGUUGGUAUUCCAUUGACAGUUUCCGCCGGAGUAUAUGACCCCCCACGACCUUCCCUUGAGACAUGCUUUGACGUGCCUGCGGGCUUGUGCCCAACUUACGUGUGCGCCAGCACCAUUGGCAAUCGAACCUCAUUUUGCUAUGAUUCAACUGGAAUCACUUGCAAUGCUCCAAGCGCGGACCCAAACUCUCGAGUUUGCCAACCCUGGACGGAGGGCGCAGAGUUUUGCAUCGUGAGCGCCGGCCUUGAUUCGAAUGGAACCAGCCUGGACGAGAUUCAACAGUUUGCGGUCCAAUGGGAGUGCUGUCCCACCACCACACCAACGACCACCACUACACCAACGACUACGCCGACGACACCGGUGACGUCUAACAAGACCAAGCACUACAUUCCGUACAAGUACAGGUGGCAUGACCGGCGCCACCACCGCCAAAAGCGACGCUGGCUGAGAAAGGCAGCGCCGGCGGCAGUAUCCUAA